GAUUAUUCAUAGAUUAAAUGGCCCUUUCUCUCUUGCUCCUCUUCCUGUUCUCUCUCCUUCUCUUGUUCCUCCCGAGGAGGAUAUGGCGUUAUUACAAUCUCUGCAAAGCAAUGAGACAGCUCCCGACUAUGGCACCCCCUCACUGGUUCUGGGGACAUGCAAAUAUUAUUGAGCUCAAUCAGUCCUUUGCAGAUAAAGUAUAUGCGUGGAGGCUGAAGAAUAACAUUAACAUUAACGUGUUCUGGCUGGGCCCAUUUAGGGCAAUGGUGUCACUCCACUUACCUGAAUACUUCAAAGCUGUCAUGAAAAAUCCUAAAGCACCUGAAGCCUAUUCAUUAUUAGAGGAUUGGCUAGGUAGAGGACUCCUGAUUGAGAAUGGAUCCCGCUGGUUCUCAAACAGGCGCUUGCUGACACCUGCUUUUCAUUUUGAUGUCCUUAAACCUUACGUACAUGUAUAUAAUGACUGCACUGAUAUACUGCUGGGUAAAUGGGAGAAGAGUGCACUGAAUGGAGAAACAGUUGAAGUAUAUAACACAAUUAAUCAGUUAACGCUGGAUGUCAUAUUACGCUGUGCUUGCUCACACUUUAGCAGCUGUCAGGAGAAAGGAAGAAAUGAUCCUUAUGUUAAAGCUGUCCUUGAUCUCUGUGAUCUUUCCGCUGAGCGCUUUAUGAACCCGUUACUGACUGUAAAUAAUUUUGUUUAUUUUUAUUUGACCUCAAGAGGCUGGAGACACAGAAAAGCACUGAAAGAGACGCACAAACAUUCAGAAAAAAUAAUAAAAGAGAGGAAAGCUGUCUUGAUGAAUGAGGGAAGACAAGAAAGAAUAGCCAAAUCAAAGUUGAAGUGUUUAGAUUUCCUUGACAUCUUACUCCUUGCUAACAAAGAAAGAAAAGAUGGUGAUGGAUUGAGUGAUCUUGAGAUUCGUUAUGAAGUUGAUACGUUUGUAUUUGAAGGAUAUGAUACAACAGCAAAUGCUUUAACGUGGACCCUGUACUAUUUGGCAAAGUAUCCUGAGAUUCAAGAGAAAUGUAGAGAAGAAGUGAGAGAUGUACUUAGAGGAAGAAACCAACUUGACUAUGAUGAUUUAAGCAAGCUACAAUACACUCAGUGCUGUAUUAAAGAGGCAAUGAGACUCAAUCCUCCAGUUUUCAAUAUAUUUCGAUCUCUUACUGAAGAUACUGUGAUUGGAGGACACUACAUACCAAAAGAAGCAAUGAUUAUCAUAGAUAUAACAGGAAUACACAGGAACCCUAACAUUUGGAAGAAUCCAAUGGAAUAUGAUCCGUUAAGAUUUCAUCCUGAGCAUUCCAAAGAAAGAGAUCCUUUCUCUUUUGUACCUUUCUCUGCAGGACCAAGGAAUUGCAUUGGUCAGAAUUUUGCAUUUAACGAAGAGCAAGUUGUCAUUGCAUCAAUACUAAACAAGUUUUCACUGGAAAUAAGUGAUGAGAGGAUAAAGGAAAGAUUAGACAUUCUUCCUGUGGUUCUCCUCCGACCAGCCGAAGAAUUACACCUCAAACUAACAUUGCUGUGACAUGAAAUAAUAAUAAAAUAUUAAUAAUUAUUAUUAUUAAUAUAAAUAACUGCAAGAUGUGUGUGUGUU